CUCAAAGUACAAGAACAUGAACAACACGAUGGGACCCGAUCCCAACUCCGGUGGCUUUCUCGGCUCACAAAACAUCAGCGGCCUCGGAUAUGGCAUCGGGAUCUCGGUUGGGAUCCUUUUACUUAUUACCACCAUCAUACUCGCUUCCUACUUUUGUCAUCGAACCACGGAAUCGUCACCGUCAACAUCAACUGUGCGUAUCCGGGCCCAAAGGAAUAGUUUGGGUCAAGCCCUGAAUCAAGCGGACUCGACUCAUUGCGUGGUUGAUGUGGGGCUUGAUGAAGAGACGCUUUUGAGCUACCCGACCGUGCUCUACAAAGAUGCAAAGAUGAACAAAAGGGAUUCGGGGUCUUCGACGUGUUGUUCUAUUUGUUUGGCGGAUUACAAGGGAAGCGAUAUGCUUCGACAACUGCCGGAUUGUGGCCACCUUUUUCACGUCAAGUGUGUUGACCCGUGGUUGCGGUUAAACCCGACGUGUCCCAAUUGUCGGACCUCUCCGAUGCUGACACCACUCUCGACCCCUUUGGCUGAGGUGGUCCCACUUGCCAGGAGACGGGAUUGAUUGAUUUAUUCUAAUUUUGUUGGCUUAGUUCGACUCAGUUAAGGACUGUUUACUAGCUGCUGACUCGACUUUGAUACUAUAGAUUCACAAAUUUUUAUUGUUUACAAUGUACCGUAGAUCUUGUAAAUUUUUACACCAUUUAGAUGCAUUGGUUUUCCU